AUGUCGCAAGCUCUUCUUAUAAGGAAGAUGGGAGUGCAGCCCAAACUUGACGACAUAGAGGCCAUGGAGCAGGAUCCACCGCCUCUAUCUGAUAUAAAAACAGGAUACACACCAACAACUACCGCCACUGCCAGUGAUAUCGCCCACGAUUUCUCGCACUAUGAAAACCUCGACACACCAACUCCGAUCAAGUCAGCUGACCUUAUGGCCUAUACUAGAUUCGACCCUAGUGCUUCUUCCUCAACUGCCGCAAUGAACCCCGCGACAACGACAGACACUCAAGUGGUCACACAAAGACCGGAGAGUUUCGAUAUUUCUCAAACGUGCCCCCAGCAACUAGUGCGCGAGUCCUAUCCUUCGAGCGAUACGCAUCGUGUUCAAUGCUAUCCACAGCAGACUCAAAGCCAAAUUCCCUUUGCUCGAGCCUCCUAUCCUCAGGCGAUCGAUUAUAUGGAACUCGGAUCUUCUAACCCUUAUUACUUUCAAUGCUCAUUUUCACUUCCUUCUAUAGGAGUAUCGAGCACAACUCCUCAACUCGUUUUACAGACAGACACCCCCCUUCUUCCAGCAAAUAUCCCCACUUCUACUCCUGUUUAUACACCUUUGCAGCCAAUGCGACCGGGAACACACGCAAGCUUUGACCAGUCCCCAUCAUCCUGUGAUCGGUUUGAAGUUCUCGUCAAUCGUCGUAGUGUCAGUGUACCUCAAACGCUUUCCUGCUGCGAUGUCUUACCAAUCAGUAGCAGCAGUAGUGCGCAUGCUCCAGCUGCUGCGGCAGGCCAAGCAUUGACACCAGGCUACUCCUUCAUCAAACAGGAGUCCUUUAAAUUUCCUGAUGAGAUACGACGCUCUAGUUGCUCUAGCCUCACUAUUCACCCUCGUCGAAGCCUUCCCACACCCUCAACGUCAACUGUAUCGAGGGAGAAGCAAUUUGUCUGCAACGCAGAGGGCUGUGAAAAGCGCUUUGCCCGGGUAGAUGAACUAAAGAGACACCAGCGGACGCACAGUGACAUCCGACCGUACACGUGCAAUAUUUGCGACAAGGGCUUUACACGCAGUGACCACCUGAUUACGCAUAGACGAACGCACACCGGAGAGAAACCCUAUCCCUGUCAGUACUGUGAGCGCUGCUUCGCGCGCUCAGAUGAACGCUCGCGCCACGUGAAAACUCACACGAAUCCGCGGCCCAGUACGAGCACGCGCGGACGGAGACCCAGUGCUAAAUACCAACUGCGCAAACCCCUGACACCUCAGCAGUCCCAGCAGUCUGCCCUCGCUUCUGGGUUGCAGAGUCAAGCAUCGUUUCAGCAGAUCGAGCUGAGCGGCGCCAGUAGUGAUACCAGCUAUAGCCAAAGCGAAACCUAUAGCAUGUACCAACCGCCGCCCCCACCACAGCCACCUCCACCUCCUCCUCCGCCGCAGUAA